AUGUCGACAACAGAAAACAAUCCCGACGUCAACGUCUCCUCCAACCCCACCCACCAAGAAGGCAUCGACCACAUCACCGCCCACUCCUCUGCCGGCGGGGGCUCCGCACCCCCAGCCAGCAACCCGGGCUCCGACGACCCAUCCGCAGGCAUCGCCAAGGACAACGGCGGGGUGAGUGGUGCCGCUUUCGUUGGCAGUCCCGUCUCUUCUGAAAACAAAGGCUAUGUUGCUGGCGCGGUGGAGAUGGCGAGGAGUUAUUUGCCCGCGAGUCUGGCGGGGAUGAAUUUGGGCGGCGGGGCGGGGAAGGAUGCGGAUGUGGCGCCGGCGGAGACGCUGGCGCCGGAGGGGGGUGAGAAGCAAGAGGACUCUGGUGUUGCGGGAGGCGCGGUAGCGGGUGCUGCGGCGGCUACGACGGCGGCUACGGCUGCGGUUGUCGGCGGCAGCACUACAAGCGGGGAGAGCGUGGAGCAAGCGAAGCAAGACAGCAGCAGCAGCAGCACGGCGCCGAUUUAUUCUCCUCUUGUCCCUUCUUCUGAGCCUGAGAGAUCCGCGACCGAAACCAAAGACGAACCCAUGGCUGACGCUGCGCCGCAAAAGGAGAACGCCGCUCCCGUUUCCGCUCCUGCUCCCACCGAGGAGAAGAAGGACGAUGCCCCCGCCGAGAAAGAAGGCGGCGAGGAAGGCGGGCGGAAGGUCUCGCAUGCGAUGAAGGAGACUUGGCCGAAGGAGAAUAGGGAUGCCAUCCCCACCGCCGGCGGCGAGCAGCUCGGCAAGAAGCACUGGGGCGAGAGCGACACGAUCCCCGAUGCUGGAAAGAAGGAGGAGAAGGUUUCCAGCGCUGAGGGGCAGCCGGAUGAGAAAACCCAAAGCAACACCGCCGCCAACACCGGCGGAGCCAAACCGCCCGUUUCGGGCGAUGUGAGCGGCGACCACAGCGAGAAGGAGACGGGCGGGGAGAAGCCGAAGUUCGCGGACAAGAUGAAGGAGAAGUUGCAUAUGGGGUCUAAGCAGUAG